AGCGCCACUGAACACAAACACACAGGCAGAGCAAGCGCCAGAAGAGAGCGAUCCUGAGCACAGCCGGCCAGUUUGUUUUAUUUUUCCUGCAAGAGAAAGGAAAACAGCAGCAGUCAUGAGUCACGUGGACGUCAAGAACUUGAAGCCCACUAACUUCGAGGACCAGUACUACGACCAGUACGACUACUACAACCUCAGUGACAAGUAUACAGAGGGGGCGUCGCGUAAAGGCCGCUCGAAGAAGGAGGCCAGUGACAACACCAACAAGCACAACCCGACUGGACACGAACGCAAGAUAGUCGAGAAACUUCAAAACAACGAAAAGAAGAGCAAAGAGUGAAAGUCAAAGGACCCGUCUGACGGCUCAAGCGGACACGACCUGCACUGACUAUGGCACGGGAGCGCCCACGUUUGUCCGUCCCGACGUCUACGUGCGUCCGGACGAUGACAUCGGCUGCGUGUGACCCUCACCAAGCACCCAAGCCCCUCCCACCCGCAACGAUGGCGCGCGUGUCGGCAGGGGGAACAUUUGGGUGUUGACAAGGUGGAUUUUGGAGUAAAGUUUCAAAUGGUUGUUGACAAAAACCAAACAAUAAAUAUAAUGUAAACAACACUGCCCUCUGCUGGACUGAUCAUCACGUGCUGUUAUUCCACCCAAUUUCUGACAUAAAUUUUCCUCACUUUUGUCUUUCUCAUACUGGCACAUUGCUGUCAGGAUAUUGCAAACGUGGGCGUUGGUCAUCGUUCAUUUGAUAGAGACGACUUCCAUUUUAUGGCCUUUGUUACCUUUUCUAGCUCAACUUGAAGUUUGUUCCAUGUUUGUGUCUUCGUGUCACUCUUGCGGGCAGCAAGGGCUCUUAUUAAAGUCACCUACAGCAUCUGA